UCGACGGAGAAAGACGUGAGCAAGACGCUAAUAAGUCAGUCUUAUUAUUUCUUAUCUAGUUUGAAAUAUUUACGUCGUAUAAAAUACAUAUUUCAUUCUUUAUUCAAGGAUAAAAUGGUCUGGAUGCGCUAGAAGCACUUUGCCGCUUCUCCUGCUAUCUUUGCUUGUUAGUUAGCUUAGCUCGCUAGUUAGCUUAGCUUGUUAGCUGCUAACAGAAGUUAUCAACACAUCGCUAAGUAGAGAUCAAGUGUGAGAGUAAAGUGUUGUGAUUGUGUGAAAAUGUCUACAUUACACAUGUUGAGAGCGUUGGUGGAUCAGCGACUAACUGCUGCCGUUGAAGAAAUAUUUGUAGUGUUAGAAAGAACGAUAGCAGAAUACGAGGCGGAACUUUCUAGAACAAAGGAGGAGAACAAUCAACUACUGGACGCUGUUUUCAAGAAACAUCAAGUUGUGUUACACAGAACAGAUGUCGUAGAAGAACAUCUUCCUUGUGAGCAGGAAGAAGAGCCACAGCCCCACCACAUUAAAGAGGAAGAAGAUAUACCACAUUCCCAUCACAUUAAAGAGGGAGGGGAGGAGCCACAGACCCAUAGUGUUAAACUGUCCCUUCACAUUAAAGGUCAAGCGGCGGACCCACUGGUCUUACACAGCAAAAAUGAAGAGGAGGACCCACUGACCCCUCACUUUAAAGAGCAAGAGAACCCGCUGACCCCUCACAUUAAAGAGGAAAAGGAGGACCCACUGAACCCCUACUUUAAAGAGGAAGAGGAGGACCAAGAGCCGCUGCACAUUAAAGAGGAAGAGGAGGAACACAGCAUCAGUCAGCCUAAAUGGUUGGAGGAGUUCCCAGUGACUGGUGUCCCUGUGAAGAGUGAAGAUGAUGAGGUCAAAGGUGAAAGUGAGGAGAAGAGAGAGGCGGAGCCUCCAAGCAGCAGCUCAACACAACACAUGACAACAGAAGCUGAUGGAGACCACUGUGGAGGAUCACAAGCAGACAAGAUCUUAGCUCCACUAUCAGAUAGUGAGGACACAACGUCACACUCUCCUGACACUGAUGAUGAACACUCUAAAGAUGAUGCAACAUGUCACACUGACAACACUCACUUCACAUGUUCCCACUGUGACAAAACUUUUAAAUACCAUUUUCGUCUGAAAACACACAUGAGAACACACACUGGAGAAAAACCUUUUAUCUGUUCACUCUGUUGUAAAGGUUUUGUAGAAAGUCGCUAUUUGAAAGUACACAUGAGAAGACACACUGCUGAAAAACCUUUUAUCUGUUCGCUCUGUGAUAAAGGUUUUGUACAAAGUCACAAUUUGAAACUACACAUGAGAACACACACUGCUGAAAAACCUUUUAUCUGUUCACUCUGUGGUAAAGGUUUUGUACAAAGUCACAAUUUGAAAGUACACAUGAGAACACACACUGCUGAGAAACCUUUUAUCUGUUCACUCUGUGGUAAAGGUUUUGUACAAAGUCAGAAUUUGAAAGUACACAUGAGAACACACACUGCUGAGUAGUGAUGGGUUGAUGAGGCGUCAUGAAGCGUUUCGACACAUCGCAAAACGGUAUUGAUACUGUGUCGAUACUGUGUCACUAAAUACUGACAUCUGCUGGACAUUAAAAAUCCCUACAGGCAACCUAUGGACCGACUCAACUGACACUGAUUGUAUGACCUAGUAUAUACAAUAAUAUAAACCAAGUCAUUGUAUUUCAUUUAGGAUUAUUUCAUAUCUUCAUUUAAAUAAAAAUAUAUUUUUAUCUUUUUAAAUACAGUCAAUAAAUAAUGUGAACAUGUAUCAUAACAUGGAAAUCUAAGAGAACGUGUUGUGAAUGCGGAUGCUUGUGGACUGGGAAUUUUUAUUUUUUUACACAUUUUUAUUUAAAAAUAACAGUUUUUCCAACGUAUUACAUUUUAGACGAUUUCUCUUAGUUAUUAUUUCUCCGGCUGUAGAAAAGAGCCGCUCACAGGGCACAGAGGAGGCGGGAGUGCGACACAGUUGGCGUAUCGGUCACGUGACCAAAACAGCUCAUGAUCGGUCACGUGACUUUCUAAAAGCGGUACGCGCACCGACACAGGGUUUUGCUCUAUGAGCUCGACGCAUGCGCCGAUGCAUCGGUGUUGCCGGACCCAUCACUACUGGUGAGAAACCUUUCACAUGUUCAAUCUGCAACAGAAACUUUUGUGACCAAUCAAACCUUGUAGCACACAUGAGAAGACACCCAGGAGAGAAAGUGUGUAGUUGCAGUGUGUGUGGUGAAAGAUUGUCUUCUAAGUACCAGUGUAAGAAACACAAGUGUGCUGGUGAGAACAGC